CUGUCACAGCUCCACUGGACUUUACCGAGAGCAGCAUCAAACCCCGGACACUUAGAGACACAGGAUGGAUGUGAAGCUGCUGACGGUCGUGGCUGCGCUCACGGUGCUGAUUUACGCACCUUCAUCACAAGGUACGAACCAGGAGACUUUUGACAUUUUGCCUGAUUUUUUAAUUUAAGCCUUAAUUCCAACGGUUUUCAUUCUGCUAGUGUCGGUUUUCAUCUUUUUUUCUGCAUUUUGUAAAAAAAAAAUGCUGCAGUUUUUUAAAGGACGGACUAUAAAAACGAUCAACAGGAUAAAUUUAUAAAAUAAAAGUGUGCGUAAUUGCGCACUUCUAGAAGAUGAGCGUCCUUUCUUAUUUUCUGAACAAGCGUCGAAAAUCAAUACUACUUUAACUACUUUAACUGUUUUGUGCCUCUUGAAUAUAAAAGAUUUUUUAAAAGUAUUCCUUUUUUAUGUUUAUGUCAAUCCAAGUUUGCGUAAAAGCAAAAUCUUGAUUCUAACAAUCUGCUGAAUUAUCCAAAUGCACAAUUCAUAUGAUAAAUACCAAACCUUAAAAUAAUAAAAUUCACACCUCCUGAUUAUAACUACUCAAGCACUACUUUUCCUGAGCCGAUCUGCAGUGGGAUAAACAUAUUCCGCCGCGCGUAAAGCACCCACAGAGAGGCACAUAUGGUCCCCGCGAUAAGACGUCCCCUGACGGAUCCCAGAUCGACGUGUGUAUUUGUUCAGCUCUUUGUUUUCGUUUAAUCACGCACAUGGGGCUCUAAAACAAAGCCAGGGAGAGUCUUCAAGGCAGCCAACUUGAAGGUGUUGUUUCUUUUCUCAUGGUAAUAAUAAGUGUUGAAUUGAUUAGCAUAGAGUUUAAUCUAUCGCGGUACUUCUCACCAUCUGUUUUUUCUAUGAUCGUUUGAAAAAGAAACAGUCACGGAAAAGAAAAUGACACUUUUGUCGUUAUUUUAAUUCCAUUAAUUUAAUCUUUGUGAAGCAGGUGAUGCUUGUGAGUGUUUUUAUAAUGAAGUCAGGCCCAGUUAAUCAUGAGUUAUUUUCUCUCUCUCUUAUGAAUCAUGGAAACUAAAAGGAAACACAGUGCUGUUUACUUUUCCACAAUAAUCAACCAUGAAAAUCUGUAUGUAGAAAAACCCUUAAAGCUGAGGUUGUAGUGGAAAGUAUUUCACAUCCGUCAGGAAGCUUUAAGGGCCACAUUGUCCACAGUUACAUACGCCUGUCAAAGCUCUGUGUCUGUGGGUCUUUAAGUACUGACAUCAAUGUCUCCAACAUCUAAACUUGAUCUGUGGGACACAAAAAAAUCUGCAAAUGUUUGUCUUUAAAAUACCAAACUGAAAGAAAAAGUGAAUGACUGUAGCUCUCUGUUUGCAUUUAUGAACAAAUAUCUACUGAAUACUCAUGUAUUUUUCUCUGCUCCUUUGAUUUGUUAUAAUUUAAUUCAUCCACCACAAACUACAUCAGUUUUCCACUUUCUCCACAUGAGACCAUCAUUCUUCUUUGACCUACUUAGUCCAGCUUUCUCUCUUUGUAAAACCGACUCUAUUCUCUUUCCGCUUCUAGCAAAGCCCAUCAGUCUUGUCGAGAGAUGCUACUGUCGCUCAACAGUCAGCAGCCUCCCAAGAUCCUACAUCCGAGAGCUCCGCUUCAUCCACACGCCAAACUGCCCAUUUCAAGUCAUGUGAGUAUUGUUUUCAGAGCUGCUGGCCCACACAAACACACACACAACCACACACACACACAACCACAUGUUUUCCUCUCUGGUCUUAAAAAGUUAAAGAGGUUUCCCCCUUGUUAGACAUUUCUCACCAUCAAUCUCAGAGAGGGGACAGGUCAGAGAAAAGAGCUGUGCAUGCAUGUUCACUCACACACGCCCCUCUGUCGCUCAUUUUUACACACGCACACACACACUGAAGAAAAGACGUUAUUACCACAGAAACACGGACACAUCCACAGGGAGAGUGGAUUAAGUUUUUACUGAAUGCAAAUUGUAAAUUGGAAGCAGUUCGGUUCUCAACCUCUUCAUGCAGUGUGUCCUCACUCUGUGUUACAGCCUGAUCUCAUUUAUUAUUGCGCCUAAAUUGUCAUUGGUCACACUGAAAGGGGAAAUUUCAGGCACAGUUAAAUGAUAAAGGCAUGAAGUAGAAUUGGCAGCUGCUACAAAUACACAAACUCAAAGUGUAGAGGGGAAAAAAUGUUAUUAUAAAGUUACUCAAAAGCGACACAGGGCCAACCGAGGCCUGAUCUCCCACGUAGAGACAUAUGAUACAGUCCUGACCCCCUCUGUAAAUACCCUCAGGGUUACGCUGCAUGUAGACAGAAACCUGGAGCCACAUGUUCCUGGAUGAAACUUUCAUUUUAUUGUUUUUUCUGAUGCAGAAUAAUUUGGCGUUUCAAUAAAAGGUGAAAUAUUUACUCUAAAGGACCUGUGAAGUGCAGGAUGCAGGAUUGCAGGCUGCAUGAAUAUCUGAGGACGUCAUAUGUUAUAGUGAAGUUUAAAGUGUUUGCACCACUAUCAAAAUAUAAACCAAUUCUGCAUAACAAAAAAGUGAGAAGACAAAUGCAUUUCAAGAACGCACUGUUCUACUUAAAAAACAUCUUUAACCAGAGUUGAAAGAUGUAUAACUAAAUAGAAAAAUAUGCAUUUUAUUUGCGAUUCAUUCACAUGAUUAUAUUACAAUAUAUCACAGUCACCAUCUGAAAUUUUUUUAAUCUCUAAAUGGCUCAAACCCUCAACAAAUGCAUGUAGGUUAAACACUUCCUGUCAGCCAAUAAAAUCCUAUAGCGUCAGUGUUUGAUAUCAGUAAAUUAUGUUUGCAUUCAGGGUUUUUUUCCGUUAUUGUUUAGGCUGCAGAGCCUCCAAGUGUGUAUGUGCAGUCUGUUUACAGCAAAAAAAAGUACUUCAGAGAGAUAAGGAGAUAUCUGUCCUCAUUCUCACCCCCUAAAAUAAAUAAUUCAUCAUAUUUAAAAAAUAAAAAAGUGAAAACUGAAGUUCAAUGUUACCCUGUUUCCAACCAGACAUCGACACCAAAACUCUGUUUGAUGCCUGCAUGGCUAUAAAUAAGUUGACGGGGUAGAGGAGAGAUCAGUUACCGCUGUUAGAAAGCUCUCUAUUGGCGUCAAAAUAACAUGUCAGUGUUGAUUCAGUCUUUUUAAUAACAAUGCAUCGGGAUGACAAACACUGCACAAUUUACAUAACCGAUCCUUUCAUCUGAAACUGUUUAUCUAUUUGUUGUCAAUUCCUGCAAAUUUAGCUCUCAACGUUAUUUAUUUUACUUACAUAAGCCAAGUUUUUACUGUUUUGUGCAACCUUCUAACGUUUCCAGAUUAUUUUGUCUGUCUGUCUUUGUGUUAUCUGAAGAUUUUGAUAAAUAAAUGAUGAUUCUUUAUCCAUUUUCUGUUCAGUGCCAAGCUGAAGUCGAACAAAGAGGUGUGUGUGAACCCUGAAAUCCGGUGGCUGCAGCAGUACCUGAAGAACGCCAUCAACAAGUAGGUGAAACAGGAUUAUUAUCGUCUGCUGUCAGUUUUCCACCUUCACAAGAUAACCUGUGAGAAGCUGUGUACAACACUUCCACUCUUUUGUUAUUCAGACAGAGCAAAGCUGCACAACAAAUGCGCAUUAGGACAUCUGUCAGUCGUCCAUUGUAAAAGUGACAGGUCGUAAUUGCCCAAUUUAUAAUGGAGGCCAAACUUGAGGCAUGCUGGUACAUGACCGAGUGGGAGGACAGACUGAUUCCAGUUUCAACCACAAACUGGGUUUUAUGUACGACACAACACAAAAAUGUAAUAGCAGGUCUAAGCUGCUCCUUCUCCAGUGUGUUUAUAAGUUCAUCCCUUGUCAUCACAAUAAUUGCAACACACAGUUUUAAUUUGAUUUGAUAGAGUCCAACACCACACCUGUAUAAAUAUUUUAAUAGCUGUCAAACUUGAUAAUUACCUUCUGCUUUGGUCCCAUAAAAAAAUGGAAAUUUGUCCCAGAGGAGCAAAAAAGCUGAAGACAAAGUUAUGAUUUAGCAUCUUCUGGAAUCAAUGUGUAAAUAAAUCUUCAUCAAAAUAAGAAAAUAUGGGUCAAACGGCACCAAACUUGAGAUCAUUCUUACUGCGCAGGAUCACCGGUCAUAUUUUCAGUAAUGUCUGUCUGGCUCUGCACAACAAUGGUGUACGCAGCAAUCGAGCCAAGUGUGUUAGAUCAGAAAUGCGUCAUCAAUUCUGAGGAGGUAUUUUGGGGCCAGCUUCGUCAGAUUCAGGGGAACUAGGGGUUCUGUCAUCUUAAAUCAGUCAUUUUUAAUGGUCACUGACUGUGAGACAACCACAGACUCCUCUUAACCACAAGCAGUUACAACACUCGGCCUGUGAACGGCGCUACUGCUGAAUUUCAACACCAAUGAAUUUUAUAAAUGACAAAAAACUCCUCACUGGAGCUUUAACUUAACAAUACUUGAUAUUUCUAAAAACUUGUGAUAAUCUAGAAGUCAAUUUAUCAGAUUGUGGAUUUGUGUUAAUAAAGGAAAUGGUUAAAAGGCACUUUCACCUUUGGCUUAACUGGUGAAAAAAAUAGGUAGAUCCCCUCCAGGUUAGUAGUCCAAAUCCCAGUCGUGGCACAUUCUACUCACAAAAAGUCAUGCUAAUAAUAACUGUCUCCUUCCUGCCUCCUCCUAUAAACACUGUCCCCUCAUAGUUUAUAGAAAGGAUUAAGUUGUCAUCCCAAACCCUGCACAGAUAACAUUUCAAAAGGAUAAAGCCCCCCUAUAGCGCUCAGAUGAAACGAACUUCACUGUGGUGGAGACGGAUUAAGAGUUUCUGGAUGCAAAAAAGUGACUUCCUGAAGACAUCCACAUCUCCUCUUCUCUCCUGAUACACAAACUCAGACCUCUCUGACUGACCCCCCUGCUGUCCUGCAGUCAGACUGUCUGUCUCAGAGAUGGCUGUGGAGCCCGUGACGUGUUGAGGUGUGAGCAGUCCUCUACAUAACAAAACCAGCCCAUGCAGAGGGUAGACAGCGACCAUUUGCAGUGGAUCAGACCUAAUGUGUUUCCAAUUACACAUACAGUGAAAGAGGCGGGGCAAUCUCAUUCAAAACGUGUCUUAAAAAACACAGUUGUUAGUCGAGCAUUAUACUACUUUUAGUCUGAUAAACAAGACUUCAUUUAAGGGACUGUGCCCACUAAUUGUGAUUUUUGCUUCGGUAGCUCCCACAACCGUAGUUUCAGAGAGAUUCUUACAAGCUUCUUGCUGUUGCUAGGUUACAAAAGUUGUCCUAAAGCACUUCAGCUUCCCUUAAGUCUGUUUUAAAUUACUCUAUGUUCUUCUUAAUUGAUUUUAUGUCAUAAACUGUCAUAAAUAAAGAGUCUGAAGCCCCGCCCCUUCUUAAUUUUGAUUGGCCCGUGAUUAAGAUGUGACAUUUACCAAAGGUGGCACUCACAGCAUUUUCGGCACUUGUGAUGUCAACAUCUGAAAACAAUCAUUUUCUGUGCAAAUACAAUAAUUUUGUACAGAAAUUGGACACUGCAAGUCCAAAAAAAAAAGCUGUCAGUGGAGACAGGCCCUAACCUUUUCUGAGGUUUAUUUAUUUAUUUAUCUUUACAAAGUAUAGUUUUAGUGUCAACAGUUCAAAAGUAUAAAAUAACUUGGUGUUUAUUUACAGUUUGCUCUGCUCUAUGGGUAAAUAAUUUGGUAAUUACCAAUAAAAUAAAUCAUUAAAUCUGCUGUUUAUAAACGUAUUUUCUAUCGGUUCAGUUCACAUAAAGCUCUAAAAAUAAACUGACUUACAGGCCUAACUGAUAAAUUUAACUUCACUGAGCUGAAUGUUAACGUUUUGAUCACAGAGCAGCAAACAUUUUGGUCUAGUAAACUCGGAGCAGCUGUUUAGUUUGAGAAUACAACACUCUAUAAAAUCCUGAUUUUUGGCGUUUUACCUUCUGCUUCCAGGCACUGAGUCAUACCAAACAAAGACUCAUUACCUUCAAACUGCUGUUUACUUGUAACGUUAUAAUGGCCCAGUGUUUGUUCAAAGGAAUAUAAUACAUGCUUUCUUUCAUAUCAAUUCUGACCAAACUGAAAAUUCCACCAUCAAAGUGCCUGAAAAGUCUGAUUCCAAGAUUUCCUUUUGACUAAAACUCAUAGAAAUGUUCUCCUUUCUCUUCCAGGAUGAAGAAAUCCAAACAGGGCAUCUAAAGUUCCUCCUGAGCUGUCACACAUCUAUUACAUACAUGUAAUAUUACAUGUAAUAUGAGAUCAUCUGGUUUGAUGUACAGCACUUAUCCGGGCUGCACGCUGCAGCCGUUACAACUCUUCACCAUGAGCGUAAACCCACAAACUCCGUCUGCGUCUCCACCAUCACCCCCCUCACUACUUAUAGAUCUUAGACGAUAUUAGUGCGAAGUGCAAUUACAUCUGUGCGUGUUUGUUUUUCUAACUGUAAUGUAUAUACUUUCUUUGUUAAUGGACUUCAACACUAAAGAGCUAUUCUUGGAGAUUUCCCUCUUUCUCUCUUUUUGGCCUCUCUGCCGUUUAAGAAGAAAGGGCGGACAUUAAAGGAGAUGUAUGUCACAAACAUUCAUCAAAAUUGACAGAUUCCUGCGGACCACUGAGCCAGGACAUUUAUCAUAACAAAUCCUAAACAUGGCAUCUGCAUAUUCUUACUGUCUCUGAUUUAAAUUGUUCAAAAUGACUAAUAAUGUAAAGUUUCUGCUUGGAGAAAAAACAGGAAUGGGUCAAGUUUGCCAAGUUGUAUUUCAUGUGUCACGUUAAUUGGCAGCGUGGAAUUUCAGUGGGUGCCAGAAACCCUUAGACUAAAUAAUAAGAUGUUUAAAGAUCCCUGUAAAAAUGGCAAUUACAAUGUUUUUGUGCUGAAGGUUAGGAUGCCAAAAGAGCUGGGGCAUUUCCUGAGCUGUUCUGUGGCUGUGAUUACCUGACCAUGUUACACUAAAGUCUGCUUUUUACAUGUUUAGGGGAACCGAAACAUCUGGAUUUAAAAACGUUUUAACUGGGCGAAGACGUUUACUGUAAUCACGAAAGAAAGAUGGAGAGAGCAAAUUAUGACAUGUGAUGAAAAUUUGUAUCAUAUUCCCUCGAUUCUGAUUGAAAAAACCUCCAAGCAUGAAAUUACAUUUUAAAGGUUUAUAGUUUUUAUGUGACGGUUACCAGAUCAGUAGUUAAAUCAUAAUGUUAUGUUUCAUGUGGCAGUACAGAUGUAGUACCUUCACUGGACUACCUACGACUGUAAUGCAGAUAGCAAUGCACUUUAUAUUGGAUGUAUUCAAGUUUAACAACUAAAUUUACUCUAACUCACUAAGUCUGAUCAUUAAAGCCUGUCUUUAAUCUCUUUCUAUGUUAACCGUGCUGUUUUCAUUCUGUUCAUUCUGAUGAUUGAAUGUGUCGCUGCAUUUAACUGUUCAAGUCAGGGAGAUCUGCUCAUCUAUCCAUUUAACUCUCCUGUCAUAUGUAAAAUUAAUAUUAUACAAAUGUUUUAUUUUUGUACUCUUAUAUGCAUUUAUAUAUUAAAUACAAACAUUAAAAUGAAGGAAUUGUACUCACUAUAAGUGUUGAAGCCCAUGUUUUGUUGUAAAACCUGUGCAGGUGGUUGAAAAGUUAGAAAUCGUUCAAAUAUUUCGGGUACUUUAAACAAAUGUAGUUUUAGAAACACAGACACACACUUAUACUCAAAGUUCUAGUCAUUUUUUUUUCUUUAAAGUAAAUUAAAUCUCUUCUGGGACAGACAGCUGUUGAAAUCCCGCAAAGAAGCUCGCCAAUUAAAGCUCCUGUGAGGGGUUUAUGUACUGUGAUGAGUUUGGCGCCCUCUGUGGUAAAAUGGUGAAAUGUUCCUUUUUUCUUUGAUACUCUUACCCUGUUUUUUUACAGUAUUUUCUUCACACCCUCCUCUUUCAAACAGUCCACUUACUCAUCAUUAAAGCUCCUGUUGGAAGUUUUUAAAUAUUAAUGAAAUAGACUGACAUUCAUACCAAUGUGUUCAUAUGAUAUACAAAAGAAAAUAAGAGCAUCAGGGAUGAGAUUGAUAAUCUUAUUUAGUCAUUUUUAAUGCCUGAAACUUGUGCAGGAGGGUAGGCAGCUCUGCUUUAGAUAUCCAUUACAAAUAAUAAAUCUGACAGUUUAAAUUGAGAAAAAUAAGAUUUUAUUAAAUUCUACAAAAAUUUAAAAUAUACGAUGAAAAAGGGGGAAAACAGACUGUUUUAGGAGUGUAAAAUAAGUUGUCUUAGUGGACACGAACCUUGCAGCAGUGACUGCUAGCAUUAAAAAUUACAUUUUUUAAUAGGGAAUAAAUCUUUCUUAUAGUCUUGUUUGCUUGUACAAGUCAUAAACACAAACCAGUAUGCUUUUCAGGCUAAUCUGUAUCCAACUAAAAAUCACUCACAGGAGCUUUAAAUCUCCUUGCAAUAGUAAAGUUGAAGUUUUAACAGAAGUUUUAGCUCUGUACUCAUGUGUACUUGGUUAUGUAUUAAUCUAAGAGAUUAAAAAUUGAGAGAAUAUUCUCUCAAAAUUUGACUUCAGUUUCAACAUGUUUAGGCCGUAAACAGGAGAUGUAGGAGCCCAAAUAUAUUUGUUGAAAGUUUUAUUUCUAUAGGUACGUCACUUCGUCACUGAGGGGUGUGGUUUUGGGAUGUUUGGCGGGUUAUUUAAAAUGUCACAGGUGUAGUCAGACAAUGGGUUUGGUAAGCGCUGAUAAUUUUCUGUGGACCGUUUUUGACCGUUUCUCAUCGUUUUUCACCACUUCAUUCAUUCAUCCUGUUUUAACCUCAUUUCAUUGUAACACGUUUUCAGUUGAAGGCAAAAGUAAUGGACCCGGAUCAGUGUGUUUUCUUUCCUUUUUUGAACAAUAAAUUCUUUUUUAACACUCAAA